GGGCAGAGGCUGCAAGGAUUUCCUGUUGCCAGGACAACGCAGGCAGCCGCCAGCCUGACCGCCGCCUCUGUCUGAGGAGCUGAAUGAAGCUUUGGUCAUGUGGGGGGAAGCCAGCAAGAUGGCGACCGGGAGCCGGAGGGAUGCGGCGUGACUGCGAUCAUCUCGGCUCCUCCGUGCAGACAUGAUCUGUAUCCGUUCCAUGUGGUGAGGCAGCAGGGAGCACCGACCAUGGCCAUCACGUUGUUCGAUAAUGAUGAAUACAGGCCUCCUGUGUGGAAAUCUUACUUGUAUCAGCUGCAGCAGGAAGCUCCUCACCCUCGGAGGAUCACCUGCACUCGUGAGGUGGAAAACAGACCAAAGUAUUAUGGAAGAGAAUUUUUUGGUAUGAUUUCAAGGGAAGAAACAGACAAUCUACUAAGCGUUGCGGAAGGCAGUUACCUUAUUCGGGAAAGUCAGCGGCAACCUGGAACAUAUACCUUAGCCUUGAGAUUUGGAAACCAAACUAGAAACUUCAGGCUGUACCAUGACGGGAAACACUUUGUCGGAGAGAAGAGGUUUGAAUCCAUCCAUGACCUGGUGACCGAUGGCUUGAUCACUCUCUACAUUGAGACAAAGGCGGCCGAAUACAUCGCCAAGAUGACGAUAAACCCGAUUUACGAACAUAUAGGCUACACAACUCUUAACAGAGAGCCGGCACAUAAGAAACAGAUGCCAGCAGUGAAAGAAGAGCAGGACGAGCGGGAGAUGUCAGAGGAAGAUGCUGUAGUAGAGAAAAGAUUAACGUCCCUGGUAAGAAGAGCAACGCUAAAGGAGAACGAACACGUCCCCAAGUAUGAGAAAGUUCACAAUUUCAAGGUACACACAUUCAGGGGUCCCCAUUGGUGUGAAUACUGUGCCAACUUCAUGUGGGGGCUGAUCGCUCAGGGAGUAAAAUGUGCAGAUUGUGGUCUGAACGUUCACAAGCAAUGCUCUAAGAUGGUUCCCAAUGACUGCAAGCCGGACUUGAAGCACGUCAAGAAAGUUUACAGCUGUGACCUCACCACUUUAGUGAAAGCACACAACACGAAGAGGCCCAUGGUAGUGGACAUGUGUAUACGGGAGAUCGAGUCUAGGGGGUUGAACUCAGAAGGAUUGUACAGAAUAUCAGGUUUUACUGAUCUCAUAGAAGAUGCCAAAAUGGCCUUCGACAGAGAUGGCGAGAAGGCUGAUAUAUCUGUAAACGUCUACGAAGACAUUAACAUUAUAACCGGGGCACUGAAACUGUACUUCAGGGAAUUGCCGAUCCCACUGAUAACAUAUGAUGCUUACCCCAAGUUCCUGGAGUCUGCAAAGGCUGUGGACCCGGAUGCACAGUUAGAAGCUCUUCAUGAAGCUUUGAAGCUGCUACCUCCUGCACACUGUGAAACACUACGGUAUCUCAUGGCCCAUCUGAAAAGGGUAACGCUUCACGAGAAGGACAACUUAAUGAAUGCAGAGAACCUUGGCAUAGUGUUUGGACCAACUCUCAUGCGAGCGCCAGAGCUGGAUGCCAUGGCGGCGCUAAAUGACAUCCGUUAUCAGAGACUAGUGGUGGAAAUGCUCAUCAAGAACGAGGACAUUUUAUUCUGAAAUACGCAAGCGGUAUUUCCGGGAAGAUGAAGGAUUGUAAAAAAAAAAAACCUACGGCAUAAAGUGUAUGUGUCACCUGUGUAUAGUGGGGCAUACAGCGGCCAUUUUAAGACAUCGUCAGUCGUCCGCCGUAACUCCUUCCCGCGUCAGGCGAAACAGUGUCCCACCUCGGACCAAUCUACAUCAAGUGUCAGACGCAACUCCCUCCUCCGUCAUCCGAAACUCCAUCAUCCGAAACUCUGUCAUCCCUCAGACGAAGUGUCGGCUCUCUGCUAUAGGGGUUCUGCUGUACAUGCUGUUCAGUGUCGGCUCUGCUAUACAGACUCUGUAGAACAUGUAGUGUCUGUAGUACACGUGCAAGUUUCACAUUUUCGACUGAUAUACAUGCUGUGCAGUGUCUGCUCUGCUAUGCGGCAGGAAAUUUUGUCUGUGGGAGAAUCGUCUGAGGGAUGACAGAGUUUUGGAUGAGGGAGGAGGGAGUUGUGGCUGACGACUGAUGGAGGACUGGUGUGAGGGAGGAGGCGGGACGCUGUUUCGCCUGACGGGGGACAUAGUUGCGGCUGACGGCGAUUGGUCUGAGAGAGGAGGCGGGACAAAGUUUCGCCUGACAUGUGACGGAGUUAAGACUAUGUCCUAAACUGGAUGCCGCAGGGGCAACCAUUAUUAGUAGUCAGGAAACCAUUUGUCUGUUCCAAGAGGCAUGAAGCACUUUGAGGGGGUAGCCAUCUUGGAGACAGUAUUUUUUAGAUCUCCUCCUCUUAGUUUGCAAAAAAUUUCACACGAACAUGAGGAACUUUCUGGAGUUCAGUGCGUCACAGGGUGAACCAGAGUUCCUAAGCAUGCGGCCUGUGGGAUCAUUAUGACCUAGUCACAUCACUGAGGCAUGAGGCAUUUUUUGCCUCCACUUUAUCAAGGCAAAGGGUACACUUUACUAGUGCUUUUAUGUACACAGGGCAGAAAUAAAGCAGUUUUUCUUUUUUUAUAUUGUUUUAGCUGUGGCAAUCAAUGCUAUUGUGAAAGUGGUAAUGCCAGCUCUCCGCCAUUACCGCUCGGUGUUUACAGUGUAACAGGAAUUGUAAAUGGCUGCAUGUAUGUCUCCGUUUUUGUCGGAGCCCUCCUUUAAAGAGAUAUCUUCUAGCUAAACGGGUCGUGACUAAAUCAGCAUGUUUGUCCCCUGAUGUGACAUUAUUGUGGUUCUCUCUUUUAUGUUCAGCAUAAUCCUAUUAGGAUAAUACGUUUGUGAAGCGGUUACCUUAAUAACAUUUGUAUCGCACAGUUUUCUUUUCCUUUUUGAUCUUUUUUUCUAUUGUGUUUUUUCUUUUUCUUUUUUUGUAUAAUAUGACAGGUUUAUUCUUUUUAUGAAUCGAGAGCUUGAGUUUUUAAAAUGUUUACUGACCUGUUUGUGUGGUGGUGGCAGUACAUGCUGCAAUGGUUAAUUUUGUUUUUUUAAUGUAUUUUUGUAUUUUUCAUCUGGCAUGCACCUAUUAAUUUAUUAAACAUAGGUUUUAGAAAAUCCA